AUGUCAAUCGCACCUGUAUCUCCUCUCGAUCUAACUCAAUUUUGAGAAUUAAAAUAGUAUUUUCAUGCUUCAUAUCAAAGUCUCACACUUACGCGACAUACGUUGAUGCAUACUAUGUCAAAAAUGAAUAGCAAGGACAAGGACAACAAGUCAUUUAACGACAAACUGAAACAAUUCUUCCGCAUAAAUAAAGGACUCUAUCGGAGUCGAGAAGAACUUAUUUUAACUCCUGAGAUCGAGAGGGAAAUCUGUUCUGAAAGUCCAAUUCAUCAUCGCACAAAAGUAAUCAAAGACCUUGGUGACUCCAUACUAAACAAUCAAUGGGAAGAAAGAGCAGCCGAAAGACUAUGGCACCUAGUUAAAGAUAUGCUUGGCGAAGACGUCGCUCGGGAACACAGACAUAUUACCCUUAACUUUUUACGCUGCCUCAUAACAGGUCAACAUUCAAAAAUAUCUUCCCUGAUGCGAGUCAAGUUUUUCAAUGUCGUGGAAGAGCACAAAAUUCAUGAAGAUAUUGGUCCUCGUCUCGAAUUGCUUCGAAGCUUGACUGAAAAUGGUAAAGAUAUUUUACAAUUGGAAGAGAAGAUGGGUCCAUUUUUGUUAGAAUGGAUGCCAAUAGUCACUGGCGGAGAUGGAAAAAGAGGCGCUGAAUUUCUUUCUCUUCUAGUAAAUGUUAUCAAAUUCAAUUCGGCGUACAUAGACGAAAAUAUUGUAUCAGGACUGAUUCAGUAUAUUUGUCACUUAUGUUACUGCAGUAAUAAUGCGGAUAUUGUCUCGGGAUGCUUGGAAGCUCUCGACGCAAUUGUAUGUUACAGUAAUUUACAGCCUGAUUCGUUAGAAACUUUUAUUAUUGCCUUAUGUCGUAGCGUGAAUGCCGAAACAUAUUGUAUAAUAAGUUGGAAGAUUAUGCGUAAACUGUUAGGAACUCACAUGGGUCAUUCGGCUUUGUAUACAAUGUGUCGUUUGUUACAAGAGCCAAUAUUUCAGCGAGACGUUCGUUUACUUCGAGGUGCCGUAUUUUACGUUAACAUGGGCCUUUGGGGAGCACACAGAAUUCCUAAAUUAGAAUGCACUCCUACCUCUGUUUUGCCUUCGUUUUAUCAGGCUCUUCAGUGCAAUCAUCCCAUUGUUAUGUACGAAGUAACACUCUCAAUUCAAAGGUUAGUACAUAAGUACGGUGCAACACUUCAGGAACCAGCGUGGAGUAUUAUUUUAGACAUAAUAGAAGAAGUUAUUGCUCAUAUAGAAUCCAGUAAUCAACCUGCAACGAGACAAGUAUCAACAAGUUUGCAUGAAACGAUUAGCAGUAUUGAGGAACUUCUUGAUGUUAACUGCUUUAAUGGUUGUUUACAUAGGUUUUAUGAGCUGGUUGAAAGAUGCUCAGAGGCAAGACCUGAAGCAUCGAUUUUAAAACUAAUCGAUUAUAGAGCAUCAUUCAUAGAUCCAACUCAUUAUCAGUGGCAACAUAAGCUGGGAUUGUUGAUGGAUCGUUAUUACAAAGUAGAAACCAGAACAAAUAUUAGAGUUAAGGUUUUGGACGUUUUGACUAAUGUGAUCCAAGUCAAUAGGUCAAGGUAUGAAGACGAAAUUAUAGAAAGGGUAGUAGUUCCUCACGUACAGUAUAUAGAACAAGACUCAGACAUUACGAUACGAACUGAGGCUGCUCACCUUUUAGUCGAUCUCUGUCUCGAGUGCGAAACGAAAAGAUGUCUGGAAUUAUUAGAUAUAUUAGAAAAGAUCAUCAACAAACCUUUCGCGAUGGAGGUACCCGUGACUAUGGACACCGAUAUUAAAGACGUGAAGACAGCUGUUGUUGGCGUUAUAAAAAUUUUAACAAUAAAAUUAUUUCGCCUGCCAUCAAACCAUGCUAUACGAGCUUAUAAGGUGUUGGCUAACCACCUAGAACAACACUACAAAUUCCCUAUCGUCUUCCAGAAUGUUUCUACCAUUCGUUACUUGAUUUUUGAGUGUUUCCUAAAGUUCAGGGCGAACGCUCUCUAUCAUCUCGGCUUUCCAGACUCCUCCACUGGAACUGUAACACGUUUUAGUCCUUACCUUGCAUUGGAGCACUUAUCAAAUGACAGAAUGAGCACCGGAAGUGGCGGUAGCAGUCCUCCGCCUGCAAGUCCUGCUUCUUUGCAGCACAUCUCCUGUCAUGUUACUCAAAUAUCUCUGGCACAUGCUUGCAGAGCAGUUAUCUCCUGCAUCCGACAGGAGAAGGAUUGGAAAGUCCUGCAGUUAAUAUUAAAGGAAAUGCCUCAGGUGAUGCAAAAUCGUGUUCUUAUUCUCUCGAGACAAAACGAUAUCCACGAACUGACAAGCGCGCUCUGCUCCAUGGUGAGCGAUAAAAGUUUGAGAUUGCCAGAAAGUCUCAGCAAUGUACCUCUCAAGUUUACUGUUUCGGAAUUCAAAACCCAUGUUUUUCCAGUCCUUGCCUCAUUAGCAUCUUACCAUGCAUAUUUACAGCCUAGCUUACAACAAAGACUGAUUCAAUGUUUAGAAGUUGGUCUAACUGCUAGGUGUGCCAGCCAGUGUGUCACCAGUCUCACUACCUGCACUUUGGAGAUGCGAGACGCUAUGAAUAAACUCUUCACAGAAGUACUGCUCAACUUAUCGAAAAUCUCGGCCACCGUUCAUAUAGCUAUUCCAAUACUCGAAUUUCUUUCGACACUCACAAGGCUACCAAAGGUUUUUGCGAGUUUCAUUGGAGAUCAGUACAUGUCUGUCUUUGCCAUACUGCUGCCAUACACGAAUCCCUAUAAAUAUAAUCAUUACACAGUUUCACUGGCUCAUCACGUGAUUGCUGUGUGGUUCCUGAAGUGUCGGCUCCCAUUCCGUAGGGACUUUGUUAAAUUUAUCACGACUGGACUUAAAUCCAAUGUCUUAGCGCCUUUCGAGGAGGGGCAUUUGAUGAAGUCGGACUUUAAUGUUGUAAAUGAAGAUUCAUCUAAUCGAAAACGUAGUUCUAGUCUUACGGAGCAAGGCAGCAGAGGGCGGAGGGAGAGACCGAUUUUAUCAAAUCGAAUGAUGGGAGAAAACAGAGCUUUGGAUUUAAAACCCCCUAUCGACGAAGCGUUGAUGGAUUUUCACGCAGAGCUCACAGAGACUUGUAUUGAUCUCAUGGCGAGAUACACGUUUUCGACAUACUCGGCUCGACCUAAGCGACUUCCUACUGCUGAUUUUUUGUUAAAAGAAGGUCAAUCGAUGACCUGGUUAUUAGGGCACAAGUUAAUUACAGUAACUACCAGUGGUUGUAGCAACAAAGCAAUGCGAUGUGGACUUUGUGACAACUGCUGGGCUGUUUGUAAGUUAACCCCACCAACACCGGAGCAUUCCAAAUCAAGUCACUCAAGCCUAUGGCGAGCAUCUAGCAGCGAAGGUUCCAAAGAAGAUAAAUUAUCAAGGCAAUCAUCAGCUGGACAUGCUAGUUCGAAUGUUAAUACGGCCACGAAUUCUCCAACAGAGGAAUCUAAAAAACUACUGGAGGAAAGCGAUUCUUUGAAACGGGAAGUUCCUACUGAAGCACCUGAGAAGGAACAGUCAGAACCUUCAAAACUGGAACUAAUACUCAACAGUGAGAAGCCAGAGGAGUUUGAUCCUUGUGCAUGUUGGUGUCAAGGAUGGGCAGAAAUUUACAUUAGAAGACCGACUGGUGACAUGUCCUGGAGCAUGAGGAUACAAAAUUCUAUGAACCUUGAAAACCCACCAGACUUUCCUGUUCACGAUAUCACGUCAUUGUAUAUGCCCACGAGCGAUAUGACUUUCCAAAGAACUCAGGAUGUCGCCUCAGAGUUCUCGGGUGACGAAUUAGAGCAAGACGUUCCAGAUGCAGUGAUCGAUCAGUCUCAAAGUGAACAACAAAAUAAUUCGAUCAAGUCUGUCACGUCUUCAUCCAUUUCUUCGGGACCGAUAGCCAUUCCGGGAUCGCCUGCUCGACCUAGUCCGACACGGCAAAGUUCUCGCGAUAGCCUCGAGAGUUUAGAGGAAGGUGAAGAAGACGGGCGCCGAUCGCGGAAUCCUGUACGGAGAUCCAACUCUAGUCCCGAAAUGAGUGCAAACUGGAAGAAUCCUUUCCUUAACAAAGAAAAACUCAAUCUUCCACAAGCAGAACGGGACGCAAAUUCUAGUGACUUUGACGUGAAACUGGAUGCAGAGUUGAAAAAACAUGCCAAAAAUGCGUAUACAAAAGACAUGAGAGUAAGCUGUGAAGCCAUUCCGGAGGAAAUGGCUGGAAUGGGAACGACGCCUCCUUCAUGUGAAAAUACAGGCGAUCAUCCUGCAGGUUUGCUUUCCCAGCGCUCAUACCCUGGAGCAUCACAAAAUACUGAAAUGACAACCACCACGAGUCAUACUGUGCCACCUUCACCAACAACAGCACAGGCUCCGACACAACUUUUGACGGCGCAGAAUCGAGCUUCCUUAAUUCAAGGUCCAGUUGCAAAACCACCACAGUCUCCGACUCAGGUUUAUCCCCGUUUGUCCAGCUUAGAUCUCAGCCAAAGACAAAUUGAUUCUAAACCACCCAUUGGCAGAAAUCUUAUGAUUGAUAAGCUGAAGGAUGAUAGAUCUGACCCGUCAACGUUGCCUCCUCUGGGUUUUCGAGACAGGGGCCAUACUAUCUCUGUAAUGAGUCCAGUUAAGGGUUCGCGCGGUGAAUGGGAUAGUAUACGAAGAGGAAAUUCGCCAAGAGUUAAAGACCCGCCAAGAAAUGGAAUUAAUCCUAGUUUCGUAUUUCUACAACUUUAUCACAAGGCUCACUUUGGAACCGAGAAACCAUUGCUCGUACCUUCGUCCAUGAAAAGAACUAUUGCGAUUCUAGACAAAAUACAUCCAUACGAAACUCACAAAAUAGGGGUUUUGUAUGUAGGUCCGGGUCAGGUUUCAAAUGAAGUUGAAAUUCUAGCUAAUGAACAUGGCUCGACGCGUUAUACCGAAUUUUUACAACGACUUGGUACGCUCGUCAGAUUAAAAGAUGUGGAUGAAACAUCUGUCUUUCUUGGUGGACUUGAUCGUUUUGGAGAAAAUGGCAACUUUACAUACAUCUGGCAGGAUGAUGUUACACAGGUUGUAUUUCACGUUGCCACGUUAAUGCCAAAUAAACCGGGUGAUCCAAAAUGUACUUCUAAGAAGCAGCACAUAGGGAAUAAUUAUGUUAGCAUCGUUUAUAAUGAAAGCGGAGAACCUUAUAAUAUACAAACUGUCAAGGGACAAUUUAAUUAUGCCUGUGUGGUUAUUCAACCACUAGAUCACGGUACAAAUCAAGUGACGGUUCAAGCGAGAGAGGAACUCGCAGAGCACAUUGGACACAGUGAACCAAAAAUCAUAUCAGAUCAGAACCUGGCAAUCCUUACUAGACAAUUAGCUCUGCACGCGAAUCUCGCUUCAAUGGUUUCCUCGUCUUUGAAACAUCAAGGUCAAGGGCCCUACGCGUCAAAUUGGUUGGAACGAUUGCGAAACAUAAAACGUUUAAGGAAAAAACUUUUACAAGAAUCCAACGCUAAUUCCAAGGAAGCACCUUCCGAUGAGGCACCCUCAAAUUCUAAUAAACGAGUUCAUGUGGACGAUUUCACGGUAUAUACAACCUAGUAUGUAAUUAUACUUGUGAGAAAUAUAGACAUUGUAUUGUAUAGAUCGUCUCGAAACUACAUAUUUUUGUCUCACGAAGUCUGUAUAAUGUAAAUUGUUAUAUGGGCACUUCUAUUAAAAGUUUGGUUUUUUGGUAACUCCGCGUUUUUAGCUAAUUUUAUGCAUACUAUGUCCGUUAAUGUACAUACAAAUUUAUUCUUAAAUCUCCUGGAUAAGUAGGACCUAUUAUUAAAAAGUGUUUCUCCAUGCGGCAAUUUUUGUCGUAGUCUUGUAACCUUCGUAUCUGACUUUUUAAUUACAAGUUUUUGAAAAUUCAAUAAAAAUUCAAUAAGAUCUCUAGCAAUGUAGCGUAAAUUUCGCGAAGCUGUGUGUUACAUCAAUUCG